UCUUGAGUUCCUCACUUCUUGGUUCUACACUCAUGUCUGUAUCCAAAUCUAUCUGGUAAAUCAAAAUCAUCACGUCUUCUGUUUCAAUAAUUUCACAAUCCCUAGUUUCAAUUCCAUCCCCAAUUCGCACAUCCUUACAACAAUCCCUAAAUCUCUCUCUCUCUCUCUCUCUUUCUUUCUCUGCGUAACGUAUCAAUUUGCUGUAAGUUCUGAUGGACCUUGUUCGUUUGAGAGAAUUAGGUUCACAGAGAAGAAAGAAAUGGCUGAUUCUAUUGACUGUGUUCGGUGUUUCGGGUUACGGAGUCUACAAGGUUUACAAUUCUCAAUACAUCGCGAAGAAGACGAAGCGUCUUAUGAAACUCUUCUCAGGCAUCGUUUCUUUCGCCGAACUCGUUAUCGAUUCGGCGGAGACGAUAAGUAUCGUUUCUAAAGAUUUAAAGCAGUUUCUAGAUUCUGAUUCUGACGAAAUCCCCAAUAGUUUGAAACAGCUCUCCAAGAUUACGAAAUCGAAAGAGUUCACUGAUUCAUUAGCUAGGGUUUCUGAAGCAGUAGCGAUUGGGGUUUUCCGCGGGUAUAAUUCGGUUCAGGAAUCGGAAAACGUCGUAAAGGAAUUGGAUUCGAGUUUAGUUGAUAGAGUAUUCUCAGAGGAAGGAGCUGGUUUUGUUUCUGUUGUUGUUGGUAGCUUUGCUAAGAAUCUUGUUCUUGGAUUUUACUCUAAUGAGAUUGAGAUUGGGAGUGAUGUUGAUGAUUGUUCAAAACCUAGAUGGAUGAGUUUGGUUAGUGAUGAUAAGUGUAGAGAGCUUUUAGCUGAUUGUAUUGAGAGGUUCACUAGCUCGGCGGUGUCGGUGUAUAUAGAGAAGACUGUUGGGAUCAAUACUUAUGAUCAGAUAUUCUCUGGUUUGACGAAUCCGAAGCAUCGAGAUAGCGCGAGAGAUGUUCUUGUUUCGGUUUGUAAUGGAGCUCUUGAGACUUUCAUGAGAACAUCUCACGAUGUCUUCACAUCUUCAGGGGAGAAAACUGAUUCCGGAAACUCUUUCAGGAAGUCGAGUUAUCGAGAAAGUUAUCGAGAAAGUUCUGGAAACGGAUGGGCAGAGGCGCUUUCGACUACAUUAGCAGUGCCGAGCAAUAGGAAGUUUAUGUUUGAUGUUACAGGAAGAGUGACGCUCGAGACGAUGAGAUCAGUUCUUGAAUUUGUUAUCUUGAAGACAUCAGAAAGUUUUAAGAGGGGAUUGGAUGUGAUUCAUGAAGAAGUUACAGAGAGAGGACGUCAAGUUGUUGGAUACGUUGGUGCCAAAUCUUCUGUGAUAAUCACUGUUUGCAUAGCGGUUUACCUUCACAUCUUCAGCCGCAUUGUUCGAGGCGGUCCUGUUUGCUUAAGCCAGCGUUUCUAGUUCUCGGAUCAAUCUUUUAGCUCGUUAGAGUUUGUUAGAUCUUCAGAUACCUCAUUCUAUUGGUUAUAGCUGAAGCUGAAUAACGUAGUCUUAGCAGUGUGCCCACAUAUUGAUCCUUAUUUAUAUAGAGGAUUCUUGAGAUACAAAUUAGCCAAGUUAUGUUAGAAAUCACCAUUUCUUCCGCUUGAUUAAAUCCACCAAUGACUAGUAGCGUAAUAAUUAACAAAUUCAAUGUAAGUAACUCUUAUUACUGUCGUGAAGAGUGUGAAGAAACAGGCGUUAGGAGUGUGUGUGACACAAGAGUUGUUUUAAAGAGCAACAUAGAUAAACCGAGGAGCAAUGUGAAUAUCCGUAAUAUCGAAGUGUUGAUGUGACAUUGGAGUCUUAUUGAGAAGAUCUACGAAGAGUAAAAAGUGUUAAAUAUGCCGAGAUGGUGACACAACAGAUGUCUAGAAUACUUUUAUUCCAUCAGACAAGAUUGCGAGAUACUAUGUUGGUUUUAUAUAUCUGGAAACUUCAAUCGUUAGUCUUAGAGAAGACGAUAAUGCAACAAUGUUGUAAGAUGAUAAUCAAACAUAUAAUGCUUGAUAUUGUUCUAGAAAAUUUAAUGUCAUGUUCCAAGUUA